AUGUUAAACAAACAUUGCUUUGAAGCUUUAGACAGAUCUCUUAAUGACAUUAUAAAGACUCAGUCUACUCAUGGUUAUGACAUUCCAUUCGGAGGUAAAGUUGUGGUACUAGGAGGCGACUUUAGACAAAUACUUCCAGUUAUUUCCAAAGGAAGUCGUUCUGAAAUUGUCGGUUCAGCUAUCAUUUCUUCAUAUUUGUGGAAGCAUUGCAAGGUAAUGAAGUUGACUGUUAAUAUGAUAUUGCAAAAUGCUACAUCGACUUCUUCACCAGCAGAAAUAAAAGAAUUUGCAGAUUGGUUGCUUCAAGUGGGAGAUGGUACAGUUAAAACGAUUGAUGAGGAAGAAACACUUAUUGAGAUUCCUCCAAAUCUUCUUAUUGAACAGUGUAAGGAACCGUUGCUUGAAUUAGUUAAUUUUGCAUAUCGAAACUUGCGCAUAAUUUGCAAAAAAAUUCAUUCUUUCAAGAAAGAGCGAUUCUUGCACCAACACUUGAAAGUGUAG